GAAAAAAGAAAGGACGAUUACCUGUACUCAUUGUUUCAUUUCUCCGCAUUCUCUAGCUCCUUCUCGUCUCUCUCUUAAAUUUAGGGAUCAAAAAAUUUGAUCUCCGUUUUUUUUUCUCACUUGAUAGCCGAAAAGAAAAAAACAGCUGUGAACUCUACUAACCAACCAUGAAUAUCUUCAGAUUAGCCGGUGACAUGACUCAUUUGAUGAGUAUUUUAGUUCUUCUUCUCAAAAUCUACGCUACCAAAUCUUGCUCCGGAAUUUCGCUUAAGACUCAAGAACUCUAUGCGCUGGUGUUUUUGACGAGGUACUUGGAUCUCUUCACGGACUUUGUCUCUGUAUACAACACUGUGAUGAAGUUGGUAUUCAUUGUGAGUUCUCUAGCAAUUGUUUGGUGCAUGAGGGUGGACCGAGUUGUGCGGCGUUCUUAUGAUAAAGAACUUGACACUUUUCGUCACUACUUUCUUAUUGCUGCGUGUUUUGUGUUGGCUCUGAUUUUAAACGAGAAGUUUACAUUUCAAGAGGUCUUCUGGGCAUUUUCUAUAUACUUGGAGGCAGUUGCUAUUCUUCCCCAGCUAGUUUUACUACAGAGAAGUGGAAAUGUUGACAAUUUAACGGGGCAAUAUGUGUUCUUUCUUGGAGCAUAUCGCUCUCUUUACAUUCUCAACUGGAUAUAUCGCUAUCUGACAGAGCCACGAUUUUCUCGAUGGAUUGCUUGCUUCUCCGGUAUCAUCCAGACAGCUCUCUAUGCUGACUUCUUCUAUUACUAUUUCCUUAGCUGGAAGAACAAUGCGAAACUACAGCUGCCAGCUUGACCAAGUAGAGAUGUGUUGAAAAUUCAAUUCGUUGGGCUGAACUAUUGUUCUAAGUGUUUGCUCAAAGUCGUUCAUAAACUCACUGCUAGCUGAUACUUGUGAAGAGGAUGAUACAUGAUAUGUAGUUCUUUAUUUUUGAUUAGAUUAAAAACCCAUGUUUGGAGAGAGGUUUUUAGUUUUGAAAUUUCUCCGGCCUUUACUCACUUCCUCUUAACAUGUAGAGAUGUUUUUGGGAAAGGCAAAAUUCAGAUCUGCCUGACAUCAUAGUUGGAUUUCUGAUGGGUAUACAAUUAAUCAGAUUGCAAUCCUUUGCAAUACACUCAUUCCGAAUUUUUUUUAUAAUAUUAUAUAGCACCGAAUUUUUUUA